AUGGCACGUCGUUAUGAUACUCGUACGACUAUAUUCUCUCCAGAAGGGCGAUUGUAUCAAGUCGAAUAUGCCAUGGAAGCUAUCAGUCACGCCGGGACAUGUCUCGGUAUAUUGGCCACUGACGGCAUCUUGCUCGCUGCAGAGCGGAGAAACACUAACAAACUGCUUGAUGAAGUAUUCUUUUCUGAGAAAAUUUAUAAACUGAAUGAUGACAUGUUAUGUUCUGUGGCUGGAAUCACAUCUGACGCUAAUGUUCUCACGAAUGAGCUGAGGCUGAUAGCUCAAAGAUACCUUUUGCAGUAUGGUGAAUCUAUCCCUUGUGAACAACUUGUAUCAUGGCUGUGUGAUGUUAAACAAGCUUACACACAAUACGGAGGUAAGAGACCAUUUGGUGUGUCCAUCUUGUAUAUGGGUUGGGACAAGCAUUAUGGAUACCAACUCUACCAGUCAGAUCCUAGCGGAAACUAUGGUGGUUGGAAAGCAACAUGCAUUGGAAAUAACAGUGCUGCUGCUGUGUCAAGUUUGAAACAGGAAUACAAAGAAAAUGAGACUACUCUAGUUGAGGCUCAGGCAUUAGCUAUCAAAGUGCUUAGUAAGACGUUGGAUAUGACCAAGUUGACGCCUGAGAAAGUUGAAAUGGCGACUCUUACGCGCAAGGAUAAUAAGACAGUCAUCAGAAUUCUAUCAAGUGUGGAAGUAGAGAAACUGAUUACCACUUUUGAAAAGAUUGAAGCCGAAGCCGAAGCUGCCAAAAAGCAGCCACCUAAGUAG